CUUCUCGCCUCUCCCUGCCUCUCCCGAGCGCGUCUAUGAGCGCAGCGUUCCCGCCGUCGCUGAUGAUGAUGCAGCGCCCGCUGGGGAGCAGUACCGCCUUUAGCAUAGACUCGCUGAUCGGCAGCCCGCCGCAGCCCAGCCCCGGCCAUUUCGUCUACACCGGCUACCCCAUGUUCAUGCCCUACCGGCCGGUGGUGCUGCCGCCGCCGCCGCCGCCGCCGCCCGCGCUGCCCCAGGCCGCGCUGCAGCCCGCGCUCCCGCCCGCGCACCCGCACCACCAGAUCCCCAGCCUGCCCACCGGCUUCUGCUCCAGCCUGGCGCAGGGCAUGGCGCUCACCUCCACCCUCAUGGCCACGCUGCCGGGCGGCUUCUCCGCGUCGCCCCAGCAGCACCAGGAGGCGGCGGCCGCCCGCAAGUUCGCUCCGCAGCCGCUGCCCGGCGGCGGCAACUUCGACAAGGCGGAGGCGCUGCCGGCGGACGCGGAAGACGGCAAAGGCUUCCUGGCCAAGGAGGGCUCGCUGCUCGCCUUCUCCGCCGCCGCCGAGGCCGUGCAGGCGUCGCUCGUCGGGGCUGUCCGAGGGCACGGGAAAGACGAGUCCAAGGCGGAAGACGACCCGAAGAGCAAGGAGGAGAGCUUCUCCUUGGAGAGCGAUGUGGACUACAGCUCGGAUGACAAUCUGACCGGCCAGGCGGCGCACAAGGAGGAAGACCCCGGCCACGCGCUGGAGGAGACCCCGCCGAGCGGCGGCGGCGCGGCGGGCAGCACCACGUCCACGGGCAAGAACCGCCGGCGGCGCACGGCCUUCACCAGCGAGCAGCUGCUGGAGCUGGAGAAGGAGUUCCACUGCAAAAAGUACCUGUCCCUGACCGAGCGCUCGCAGAUCGCGCACGCGCUCAAACUCAGCGAGGUGCAGGUGAAAAUCUGGUUCCAGAACCGCCGGGCCAAGUGGAAACGGGUGAAGGCAGGCAAUGCUAACUCCAAGACCGGGGAACCCUCGCGGAACCCCAAGAUCGUGGUCCCCAUCCCCGUGCACGUCAGCAGGUUCGCCAUCAGAAGUCAGCACCAGCAGCUGGAGCAGGCCCGGCCCUGAGGGCCC